AUGGCAGAGAUUGUUGGUUCUGCGGUUGUUCAGGAGUCAGUUAGCCAAAUCCUAUCUGGUCUGCUUCAAAAAUAUGAGGAGAAACACAACUCAAAUGCGUUCAGAAACCUUGAGAGGCUAGAGAUGGCACACAUCAGGCUGGAGGCUGUUCUUCAGACAUCUGAUAAGUGGGAUAUCACUGAUACAUCCUUGUUGCGUUGGCGUAGGAAGCUUAAGUCUGCUGCUCAAGAGUGUGAUGACACGCUGCACAGAUGCAGGCAGAGAAUCCUAGAAGAUGAACACAUAGAAAAGGAAGUAAGCAAUUCCUCCGUUCCUAAGCGGGUUGUGCAUGCUACCAGGUCAUUUGUUUCUUCUAUCUUUAACCACGACAACGAUGACUUGAAUAUAUCCAUUAUUCAAAGAUUUGAAUGGUUUGCUGAUGGUGCUAGCGAGUUUCUGAGAUUACUAGAGCUUGGUGGCACGCCACGGUGUCACAUGCCCUUUGACCCUCUUAUCAGGCACCUUUUUGCUGGCAAGAUACUACAACAUAGAAUCAUUAGGGCAAACAAAUGCCCUUUGUUUUUACAGUUGGCUCCAUUUUUUAGUGCAGAGCAUGGAAUUCAAGAGAGUACAGACAUAGUUGAGGUUGCAAUUCAGUGCUUACAGCUGUUUGACCAUCUUUUCAAGUCUACAGUUGAAAAUAUUAGGAAAGAACUUAUGCAACUACCUACUGAAGAAUUCUCGUGGCUUCCAUAUGUUGAUUCACCCCAGCAAAAUUAUUGGGACAAUCUUCACAGGCGUGGCACUCAAUGGUUUCGCCCAAACCCAUUAUGUUGCAAGCAGCAUGAUAACAACUUUUUUCAUGGUAGCAGGCUAGACAAAUCAUCUGGAUUUCCAUAUGUUUCUCUAGAACAGGUUAUUCAUGUAAGUCUAUCGUGCCAUGUCUCACUCUCAGAGUGCGACAAACAGAAGGCCUCACAGUCAGACUGUAGAAGUUUUCUACGUGAUCAUCCAUAUCUGAGAGCUGGAGUCGUCUUUGCACCACAUGGCUCUUCAGAAGACGUGUUGCUUGUGGAUAAGUUUCCUGCAAUAGCGGCAAUGUACAGUGAGGAGCAACAUUGUUUGCAUACUGUCUUUACCUUGGGACAACUCGAGGAGAUCAUGCUGCCAAAAGCAGUAGAUUACUUCUGCCAGAAUGAGGAAGCUACAGUCUACCAGAUUCUUUGGAGGUCUAGGCAUGGCACUGCAUACAUUCUGGUUGAGAGAGCAAGCAUGUUCAUGCCAAGCACACGACAAACGUUUCAUGGAGCUAAGAGAAGGAAGCUAUUGCAAGGACAGGAUGAGAUGUUGGAGUGUGUAACAUAUAGGGCCUCUCGAUUCUUUGAGUUAUGGGCUACAUAUGCACCCAUCCAAUUGCAUGGCUCGAUCAAGGACUCGUAUGAGGAAAUAAAAGGAAACAGAAGCAGCACAUCACUGCCACCUGAAAUUCGUGAUCACAUCUGUACCAUGGAUCCAUCAGCAAAAGAUGGAGAAGCCAUAAAAGAACGGAGUGUUCCAUGA